AUGGCCCGGCUCCUCUCCUCUCUGGCCUUGUUCUGCCGGGUCCAGGCCUUCCCCUGCCUGCUGCUCUGCUACCUGCUCUUCAUCCUGCUGGGGGGUCUGGUGUUCUGGGCGGUGGAGGGGCCGGUGGAGCAGCAGCUGAGGGUGGAGGUGGAGGAGCUGCGGCGCUCCUUCUUGCAGGAGAACCCCUGUGUGCGGGGGGGCCGUCUGGUGGAGCUGCUGGACAAAGCUCUCUCGGCUCACCAGAGGGAUGUAGCCGUCCUGAAGGCAGACGCUGGGGACAGAGGAUAUGAUUUCACUUCUUCACUUUACUUUGUCAUCGUCACCCUGACAACCAUGGGUUCCGACUCCUACACCCCCACCUCUGAUGAAGCCAAGCUCUUCUGUAUCUUCUACUGCACCCUGGGGAUCCCCCUCACCCUGCUCCUCCUCACCCUCCUCUCCCACCUGCUCCUCCCUGUGGUCACCCACGCUCCUGUGCACCUCCUUCAGAGGGUCUGGGGUCUGUCCUCCAGCCGGGCCGCGGGGGUCCACGCCGGGCUGCUCUCUGUGGGGGUCCUCUGCCUGCUCUUCCCCCUCCCCGCCCUGCUGGUCUGCAUGGUGGAGCCCGCCUGGAGCUUCCUGGAUGCUCUCUUCUUCUGCUUCCUCAUCCUGAGCACUGUGGGCCAGGGGGGGGACUCUCUGGGGAGGGGCUGGGGCCCGACGGCCAAGGAGACCCUCCAACUCCUCACCACAUGCUACCUGCUGGGGGGCCUGGUGGUGAUCAUUACUCUGAAGGACACGCUCCUGCAGGUUCCCCGGGUCUCGGCGGUGAUUAGGCUCUUCUCUGGGCCCCAGUAUGCAGAGCUGGAAGGAUUCCAUCUCAGUGAGCUGACCCUGAGCGAGGAGCUCUGUGAGGAGGAGGCUCAGUACUCCCAGUCCAUCUGCACCGUCUCCUCCACCCCUCUGGAGCUGAUGAGCCCGCCUGCUGUCACACAGAAAGAGCCCUGAGACCACCUGACCUCCACAGCUGGACACUCAAAUUGAACAUUAACAUAUAAUAACCUCAAAAAGUGAACAUGCUGAAUGUUUUAUCAAACAUUUACACAUACAGAUGACACACAGCACAUGGUCAUUCAUUUGUACUGGGUUCUGUGUCCAUACAAGCCAAAUCAAACUUUAUUUAUACAGCACUUUUCAUACACAAAGUGCUUCACAAACCAAACUCAUAGACAAUUUACAAAAAAUACAAACCAUACUAUCUCCCCCUUCCCAGGUUAUAACCAGAGUAUCACAUAGCUUUGUGAGGAAAAAGAACACUUCAUACCAACACAGGACUGAAUAACAUAGGAAUAGAACAAAUAAAGAAUAAUAAAAAGAAUAAAAUGCAAUU